UAAUUAAGCGUACAUCUUGUACAAAUUUCCACAUUUCACGUGCUCGUGCUUUCUCCUGCUUCUCUAUUUCACGCGUUUUAUUUCACGCACGGCGACUGCAAAAGUGAUUUGAAAAAUGGAAAAAGUAGAUGAAAUUCGAAAUUUGGUUGUGCAGUAUCAAGAAUUGCAAACCACUAUCCGUAAAACUAACAUUAGAGACGCAGUGAAAGAAUUAUGUCGCAAGAAAAACUAUCUAGCUGACGUCAAAUUUCUCGAAAAUUUAACUCCGGAACUCAGAGAGACUGCAAAAAGUAUCGAGAAGGAAGAGAUGGAAAAUGUACCGAAAUAUUCAUACCAAGAUCUGCUGGCGUUAUGCAAAUCGUUUAUUUCUAGCAAUAUUUUUCUCGAAGAAAUGUGCAAAGAAAUGGCAGAAAUAGCUGAAGCUGAACGAUGCGAUUAUGAGUUGACUCUGGCCAAGCUUGAUAAUACAGAUUUGGAGAUUGAGUUGUUGAAUCUGAACUAUUAUUUGAAUUUAUUUAAGAAGAGUGCAGCAAAGAUGAGAAAACUACAGGGUUCGAAAAAUUAACUUUUAUUUGAUUCCAUGUUAUUCAAACUCUUAUUUCAAUAAACACAAGAAAAUUAGA